AUGGUGUUGCAGGAUCUAGGUCGUCGCAUCAAUGCGGCCGUCAGCGACCUAACACGCGCCCCCAAUCUUGAUGAGAAGGCCUUCGAUGGCAUGCUCAAGGAGAUCUGCUCCGCCCUCCUCGAAGCCGAUGUCAACGUCCGUCUCGUCGGCCAACUGCGCAAAUCGAUCAAGUCCACAGUCAACUUCAAAGAACUACCACCGGCCGUCAACAAGAAACGAUUGAUCCAGAAAGCCGUAUUCGAUGAACUCGUCCGCCUCGUCGAUCCCCAUGCCGAGCCCUUCAAGCCAAAGAAGGGCAAGUCCAACGUCAUCAUGUUUGUCGGUCUCCAGGGUGCUGGUAAGACGACAACAUGUACAAAGCUCGCCAGGCACUACCAGUCGCGCGGUUUCCGCGUCGGUCUUGUCUGCGCCGAUACCUUCCGUGCCGGUGCCUUCGACCAGCUCAAGCAGAACGCGACCAAGGCCAAGAUCCCAUACUACGGCAGUUUGACAGAGACGGAUCCCGUAGUGGUGGCGCGCGAUGGUGUGGACAAGUUCAAGAAGGAGAAGUUCGAGAUUAUCAUCGUCGAUACGUCGGGUCGUCACAGGCAAGAAGAGUCGCUCUUCCAGGAAAUGAUGGACAUUCAGACGGCAGUCAAGCCGGACGAAACCAUCAUGGUGCUCGAUGCUUCUAUCGGUCAACAAGCCGAGGCCCAAGCAAAGGCCUUCAAGGAGGCUGCCGACUUCGGUGCCAUUAUUAUUACCAAGACCGACGGCCAUGCCGCUGGUGGUGGUGCCAUCUCGGCCGUCGCCGCCACCCACACCCCCAUCGUCUUCAUCGGUACCGGUGAGCACAUGCUCGACCUCGAGCGCUUCGUACCCAACAACUUCAUCAGCAAGCUCCUCGGCAUGGGCGACAUGGCCGGCCUCGUCGAGCACGUUCAGUCUCUCAAGCUCGACCAGAAGGACACCAUCAAGCACAUCACCGAAGGCAUCUUCACCAUUCGUGACUUGCGCGACCAGCUGCAGAACAUCAUGAAGAUGGGUCCCCUCAGCAAGAUGGCCGGCAUGAUCCCCGGCAUGAGCAGCAUGAUGCAGAAUAUGGACGACGAGGAAGGGUCGCUCAAGCUCAAGCGCAUGAUCUACAUCUGCGACAGCAUGACCGACAAGGAGCUCGACAGCGACGGCAAGAUCUUCACCGAGCAACCCACGCGUAUGACGCGUGUUGCUAAGGGAUCCGGAACAACGGUUAGGGAGGUCGAGGACCUGCUUACCCAGCAGCGCAUGAUGGCCGGUAUGGCCAAGAAGAUGGGCGGUAACAUGAAGAACAUGCAGCGCGCCCAGAGCGCCAUGGGAGGUGGCAACAAGGCGCAACAACUGGCUGCUAUGCAGAAGCGUCUACAGAGCAUGGGCGGCGGUAACCAAGAUAUGGGCGGGUUGAUGAAGAUGCUUGGUGGCAUGGGCGGCGGGGGUGGUGGUAUGGGCGGGAUGGAUAUGAAUGCUAUGAUGAAACAAAUGAGUGGGAUGAUGGGAGGUGGUGGUGGACGGGGGAGGAGGUAA